AUGUCAACUGGUGAAGGCAAUUACAAUUUGGAACGAUAUUACUUUGAUCAGUCGUCGAAAACGUGUCGUCCUUUCAUAUACAAUGGACUAAAAGGAAACCAGAACAAUUUCAUAACGUUGCGAGCCUGUCAACUCUCUUGUCAACCGCUUGAUAAUCCGUGCAUCGGUCAACCGGCCACUACUGCUGCUGGACAGGUUCUAUUCUGCUCGUCGACCAACAAAGACGCGUGUCCGGUGAAUUUCUGGUGCCACAUCGGUGCGACACCAGAAACUACCGUGUGCUGUCCUGGAGCAACAAACGCUUGUUCCGUGCCGCUUGCACCCGGUACAGGCAAUGCCGGUUUGUCAAGAUGGUACUAUAAUCCAGAUGAUAGGCAAUGCUUACCAUUUCAAUAUAACGGUAAGCGAGGAAACCAGAAUAAUUUCGAGACACAAGCUGAAUGCGAGCGGACUUGCCCAGUAAUCAUGAAUCCGUGCCUGGGUAAAGUACAUCGUGAUGAGAAUGGUACAGCUACCGGUUGUAAUCCGAUGACACUCGAUCAGUGUCCGAAUGAUUUCUUUUGUCUCGUCGGCGAUCCGUCUGCAAACAACAUGAGCUAUUGUUGCCCUAAGUUAAAUGAAAACAUUUGUGAUUCACCAUGGAGUGAAGGUGAAGACGAUGAAUUCCUUGAUCGUUUCUACUACGAUUCCGUUGAAGGAGAAUGUUAUCCGUUCACAUACAAAGGCCGACGAGGAAACGAGAAUAACUUCCUCAUGAAGAAGAUCUGUGAGGAGACAUGUAGGCCAAGCACAAUAGUUUGCUUUGGCGGUGAAAGUCCACUCCUCUCUCCAAGCGGAAAAAUUGUCCAGUGCCACAACGAGCCGUGUCCUGGCAGUCAUUACUGUCAUCAAGUCAAGGACAACAAGUCUACCGUCUGUUGCAUGAAGAAAGGAUACAGAGGUUAUUGUCCUCACGGUAAGCCUCAUAUGCUCAACGGAGUGGCGACAAAAUGUGCUGUUGACACCAAAUGUCCGUCCAACUACAUUUGUCACAUUAGUAAGCGUGAACUGAAAAGUACUUGUUGCCCAGAUCCAGAAGAACUAUGUCUGUUAUCAAUUGAUCGUGGUGCUUGUGGAGGACGGCAGACACGAUACGCAUUCAACCGACAAACGAGCCAAUGCAUACCGUUCGACUACACCGGUUGUGGUGGUAAUCUGAAUAACUUCGUUUCAAUGAUGGAUUGUAUGGCCACCUGUGGUAAUGUUGGAUUUCGUCGAUGA